AUGGCGACGUGCACUGUUGUCGUAACGGACUACACAGGAGGCCGGCAGGGCGCUGACAAGGAUAAGCUGGAGGUUGCAAUCAAUCUGGACAUAACCGUUGGAGAAUUAAAGCAAAAACUAAUCGACAUGAGGCCGGGGCUGGAUGCAUCCCGAGUCCUACUGUACAUGGGAAAAAUCAGGAUGGACGACUCCAAAAAAGUUGUCGUGUACAACAAAUCAAAAAGAGCAAGAAUAGCACUCGAAUUGUAUGACAUUUUCGAAAUCAAAGUGAAGGUCAAGACCCUGCAACACUGCGGAUCUGGAGCUUGUGUAAUGAUGCCCCUGUGGGCAUUCUGCUGCCGACAAACCUACGUCUUGGAGGUCCCCGAUCACGAGACAGUCGGUUUCCUGAGGAGACGGGUCUGUGAAGAACUCGGCGAUAAUGAGAAUUACCCCCUAAGUAAAAUCAAGCUGGGCUUUGAUCGGAGACUAUUGGCCGACGACUUGGAGGAACUUCGAAGUAUUGGUAUUAAAGAUGGCAGCACGGUUACUCUCUUUGUGAAGCUCUUCUAUUUCAACACGCAAAAGGCGGCGGGAGAUGCGGAGGAGAAGAAUGGUGCUUCUGUACCCCCUGCGCCUGAAAAACAAGAGAGUGCACAGGACGAGUAG